GCUUCAUCAUACCCCCAACAUUUUUGUAGGGAAACGCCGUAAAGUGAAAUUCAAGUCAUUUUAUUGUUAAAUUAAACAAUUAAAAAAGUGCGGACACACAAGCGAACGAUACAAUAAAUUAAAUUCAUACAGACAAAAACAUUAUAUCCAUUUAGUCAAAAAUAACUGAUUUCAACAGAAGAACUUACACCAACGUGGUGCAAUAUUAUUGUGGUGUCCAUAGAAAAGAUUUAUCAGAAAUGUCACAUUUGGAUGAAUCGAUUGCCAAGCGGCGUUGCCAAGGAAUCAAAACUGAUGAGUCAUCUACAUCGGAACUGCAAGAAGAAACCAGUUCAUUUUUACAAUUGAAUGACGAUUGCUUGUAUGCCGUUUUCGGGUAUUUGAACGUCGAAAGUUUGUGUCAUGUUGCGAAUGUAUGCAAACGUUUCAAAACAUCACCAAUCACCGAGCAAGUAUUCAAACGCUACCACAGACAUUUCUUUUGGCGUUCACGUGAUUUAAAAGUGUCGGUAAUUCGUCGUGUGAUCUAUAAAUUUGGUCACUUGAUUACUUCCUUUGACCUCGAUACUAAGAAUUAUGAUCAAUUGGGAAUUACAUUUGAUGACAUCGUAAAAUAUUGUUCUCAAAAUUUGGAAUGCCUUGAAUUGACAAAAGUGACAAUUACUUGUGAUAAAAGUGCCCUCUUGAUGCCACGCUUGAAAUAUUUAUCAUUAUAUACUUGUGACAUGGACUAUAAAGAGGAUUGGAAUGCAGUGUUUAGAAAUUGUCCGGAACUAGAAACGUUGAACUUCUUUGGAUGCAGCUGUAAGUUUUUGGUACAGCUCUUCCCAAAAUUGACAACACUCGAUAUAUGGUGUAAAGAACGCGACACGAUUUUUGAUAUACUAAGCCUGAAUCCACAAUUGAAAAAUCUGACAAUCAACGAUUUAAUCGAUGAUGAAUUUAUUAAAAAUGUCGUAGAGCAUGGAAAAGAUUUAGAAGAAUUAUACCUUUGCAGAGUUGGAUCAAAAAAAAUUCAGCCUCAAAAUUAUACUGUCAACGGUCUCCUUCAAUUGGGCAAAUUAAAGAAAUUGAAGAAGCUCCAAAUUGAUAUUCAAUAUGGAAGCUAUAGUAAAGUAAUACCACAACUCAUGAAAGCAUUUUCAAACGAAAAUAUUCUGAUUGAAGAAUUAACUUUGAGGAAUUUUUUCAUUAGCUCAGAAGACAUUAAAAGUUUAGGAAAUCUGAAGACAUUACAAUUUCUCCAUUUGUCUCUAAUUAAAUUACAAGUGACAGGUAAUGACUUGGUUAUUUUAGUGGCUGAGUUACCAUUACUCAGGUUUUUAUGUCUAGAAUAUGAUGUGGAGUCUGAAUCUACACUAACUGUCGAUACAUUGAUUCGAAUGGUGCAAUUGGGAAAGAAUUUUGAAUAUCUAGCUUUAGAACGGGAUUGUUAUUUCAAAUUAACGGAAGAAGGCUACACAUCAUUAUUGAAAGCCAUUCAAAAUAACGAGAGACAGGAAAAAAGAUUCAGCAUUACGAUUUCAGAUAACCUAAGAACAGAUAUACAAGUACCCGAAAGUAUUUUGUUAGCAAAUCGAGAAUAUCUUGAUAUAGAUUUGUCAGCUAUGAAGGGAAGCGACUAUAGUAAUACAGAUAGUGAAGAAGAUGAUGACGAUGAUGCUGAAGAAGACAGUGAUGAUGAUCAGCUUGCGUAAAAUUAUAUACGGCGCCAACCACAAAAAGUGGACGAAAUCAUAAGAAAUUGACAAAAAAAAUAUAUUUAUAGAUAUUCUCAAUAAGAGUACGCGAAAUUAAAUUCGAUCGCGUGAAACAUUGUAAUGGAUACAUAUUUGAAUUUUAAGUUUAUGUUAUUUAACACGUUAUUUUUGUUUCUUACAUCAUGUUUAUUUGAUACAUUAUUGUUAUUGAUCAAACGAAAUGCAAGACAUUUCUUCAUGUGCGAAAUUUCUGCACAAGAUAUUUUAAAAUUGGAUUUAUUCCAGUAAAAUUGCUAUUGUAAUUAAAAUUUCAGGCGUAAAAGUUAUUGUUAAUAAUCAAUAAUUACAAAGAUUUUUGUAUCAAAUUCAUUUACUUUGAAAUUCUUGUUGCAAUAAAACUAAAGCGAUUCGAAGUCGAAUAUUUCAAAUUCUUUUCUUCGACAAUUUUU